UUCAAGUAACUGGAUUGUUAUAGCUUCACUUGCAUUUUGCAGUUCCCUCGUCUGUUUGCAGAUAAAGUGGGAACUAAAUGUUUCUUUUUGUAAUGAUCCUGGUAACAGUACUCAGGUGCAGACAACACAAAUUAAAGGAUCAAACUACCCUGUACUGAUGCAUUAUAGAUGGAGUAAUAUUUAUAAAUAGUUUUCUAUUGGACCAAAAAAAGAUAGUGUUGUAGUUUUGUAAUGCUGGAAAUCAAAUAUGUAGAGAUAUGUAAGGAAGACACUCACAGGCGGAUGUAGUAAGUAACUAACGGUUGAACUGAACACAUAACUUUUGACGCGGUACAAAAAUUUAUAUGUAAAAAUUCAUUUAAAUUGCAAAAAUAAUGAAUAUGAACUCAUAACUUUAAAAAUAUAAUGAGUUCAAUGCUAAAAACUUAAAAGUUUGAACUCAUAAGAUUUAAAUCCUGGAUCCGCAAGACACUAGAUGUUAUUUCUCCCGGUGGUGACAAACAUGGACGGAGCUAGGGAUGCAGAAGGGUUCGUCCGAACCCAAUUUACUAAAAUAUUACAUUGUGUACAUCAGAUCAAAUUUUCCUUUUACUAUAUAUAUUUUAUAAUUUUUUGCGUGCUUACUUUUUUUCUUGCUUGAAUUUCCUUGGCGAAAAUAGUACAUCCUCCACCAGUGACAAAUAAUGCAAAUGUUAUUGUUUUAGUGAAUGAUCUGAAUCCAAUAAUUUUUUAAUAUUUAAUGUGCAUAUGGUUACAAAACGACCACACUAGAACACGUUUCCCCUGCAAAUUGAAACUAACUUUUCACUUCAAUGUCGGAGUACUAACUUUGCUCUCUCUCUCUCUGGGGUCAUAUCAUCUCCGUUCCCUUUAAACAUUUGGAGUAAAUUUCACCGGCGAUUAUUUAAUUUUUAUCCAUCUUUGAUCUUGGAUGGUAAGCUUAAUACCUGCUUUUCCUCAUCGGUUUUUUCUUCUUUUUUCUUUUAAUUGUUUCAUUCUCUUCUCUAAGAUGUUAGUUUUAGAAACAAAGGCUCUUGUCUUCUUUUUGAUGUUAGUAUUGGAAGCAAAGGCUCUAUUUUCAUUUUUCCAGUAAUUGCAAUUGGGGUUUAGUGCAGCAAUGUAGAGACGUUAUUUUUCAUUUUCCGUUGUAUUUACAAAUUGCCAGUGAAGGUUAGGGUUAUGCAAAUUUUGGGGAAAUAAGGUAUUAAGCUUAUUUAGGUUACUAGUUUGAUGUCAAAUCUAACCUAAGCUUAAAUUGUUUAAAUUAACCAAUUAUUGGACAUUUUUUUAUGUCUCCUUAUUGUGUAGCUUUGGAUGGUGGUUUGAUAAGCUUAAUAGGAACAAUAGGCAAUGUGAUUCUAGGUUCUAUUUUUCCUCAUCUUUCUACUCUUGUUUAUUUUGUACAGGUUCUUAUUGACUAUUAUUGUUAUAUAGAGACGUGAUUUUUCAUUUUCCGUUGUAUUUACAAAUUGCCAGUUAUGCAAAUUUUGGGGGAAAAUGGUAUUAAGCUUAUUUAGCUACUAGUUUGAUGUCAAAUCUAGCCUAAGCUUAAAUAGCUAUUUUUCUGAGUUUAAAUUAACCAAUUAUUGGUCCUUUUUUGAUGUCUCCUUAUUGUGUACCUUUCGAUGUCAGUUUGAUAAUAGAAGCAAUUGGAAAUGUGGUUCUCGGUUCUAUUUUUCCUCAUCUUUGUACUCUUGUUUAUUUUGUGCAGGUUCUUAUUGACGAUUAUUGUUAUAUAGAGACAUGAUUUUUCAUUUUCCAUUGUAUUUGCAAAUUGCCAGUGAAGGUUCUUACUGGCGAAAAUUUAUUAUAUGAUGUAUCCUACGGGCAGAAGGCAGUAUCGCUAUCGAACUUUACCUCCUGAUAUACUUAGCAACCUUCCUCAGAAAGUAAUUGAUGAAAUUCUUAUUUGUUUGCCUUUGCGAGAUGCUGUGAGGACUAGCAUCUUGUCGAAGAAAUGGAGAUAUAUAUGGCGUAGACUUCCACAAUUGACGCUUGAGCACACACUUUGGAAAAAAAGAGAGGAUAUAACGGACCUUACAAGAAACUUUUCAGAGAUUGUCAGGCACAUUUAUUGCUAUCAUGCAGGACCAAUUAAAAAAUUUACCCUCUGCAUUCCUUAUUUGGAUUUGGACCGCCGCUGUCCUUAUAUUGACAGAUUGAUAAGUUUCCUCAGUAGAAAUGGCAUUCAACAUCUUGUUCUUAGACUUCCAAUCAGGGGUAACUCGUAUGAAUUGCCGCCAUUGUUUUUCACAUGUUUCCAGUUGAGGCAUCUGACUCUCUAUAAUUGCUCAAUGAAUCAUCCACCACACUUCAAAGGGUUUGAUUGGUUAACUAGCCUAGAACUACAUGAUGUUACAAUAUCUUCCAAGUUGCUUGAACGAUUAAUCUCUCGUUCCCCGUUGCUUGAGCAGUUCGUGCUGCAUAUCUCAGGUGCUUUAAGCAACGUCAUUGAAAUUAGUGCUCCCAUGCUGAGAUCCUUUGACUACACAGGCAAUAUAAGCUCUGUCUUGUUAAAAAAUGUUCCUCUUCUGGCAAAAUUUUCACUUUCGCAAAGGGAAUAUCAUGUGGCAGCAGGAAAAUGUAAUAUCGCCAUGUUUUUUGAGUCUUUUUCUGCUCUCGAGCAUCUCCACUUGAAUGACAUGUCCUUUGUUGCAGGAGCUGGUGAAAUACCAACAAGGCUUCCGUUUAACCUUAACUAUGUCAAACACGUAUGUAUAUCUAGUAUUUAUCUGUCUGACUUGGAUGAGGUUUCAUGUGCUCUUUGCUUGAUAAGAAGCUUCCCAUAUUUACAGUAUAUGGAAAUGAAGGUGGAGGCUAGUGACGACAAUGAUAUACUGGCUCUUGAAUCUCUUGAAGUGGAACGCUUCUCAGAUGUGACAUUUAAUCACCUCAGGGAAGUUAAGCUAAUACAAACUAACGGCACAAUCCCUGAAAUGCAGCUUAUGAAGCUUCUGUUGGCCAAGUCACCCAGGCUUGUGAGAAUGCUAAUCGAGCCAUGUCUCGUUGAAGAAUCUGCAACAGUCAAAAUACUUGCUGAGCUAACAAAACUUAAGCGGGCAUCACCUAAAGCUGAAGUUGUAUAUAAGUUGGAUAAGCAUCCAAAUCUCGGUCCUGUCUGAUCUUCACAGGUCUUUUGUCAGACUGUGACCCUUUUGAACAAAUGUUUUGGAAUUUGAUGUGAAUUGAUAGAACCAAAUUUUGAUGCACUAGUAUAACGCUGUGUUUUGCCUAAUUGCCAUAACAUUGAGAGAUGUCUAAACAUCAGUUUGGGGAUAUAAAUGAAUGUGGAUAUGGUUUCUCAACUUUGUCA